AUGAGAAAUGAGGUACACAAAGGCAGGAAUGUGGUUGCACAGCUUGUGAGAAGAGCCAAAAGAGCUGGUUUCAAGGUAAUUGCCCUUAAGGUGGACACUCCAAGACUUGGCCGCAGGGAAGCUGAUAUCAAGAACAGAUUUACUUUGCCUCCAUUCCUGACUUUGAAAAACUUUGAGGGUUUGGACCUGGGCAAAAUGGAUAAGACCGUUGGCUUGGGACUUGCUUCCAAUGUUGCUGACCAAAUUGAUCGGACACUUAGCUGGAAAUAUGUAAAGUGGCUUCGGACAAUCACAUCAUUGCCUAUUCUACUUAAGGGUGUCCUUACUGCUGAGGAUGCAAGGCUAAGCAUUGAAUAUGGCGCAGCAGGCAUCAUUGUAUCGAAUCAUGGAGCUCGCCAGCUUGAUUAUGUACCUGCAACUAUUAUGGCAUUGGAAGAGGUGGUUAAAGCUGCAGAAGGCAGAGUUCCUGUUUUUCUUGAUGGAGGGGUUCGGCGUGGAACUGAUGUCUUCAAGGCAUUGGCUCUGGGAGCAUCUGGAAUAUUUAUUGGAAGGCCAAUGGUGUUUUCAUUCGCUGCUGAAGGUAAAGCUGGUGUCAGGAAAGUUCUUCAGAUGCUACGCGAUGAAUUCGAGCGGACUAUGGCUUUCAGUGGUUUCCGCUUGUUAAAGGAAAUCACUCGAAACCACAUUGUGGCCGACUGGGACCAACCUCGUGCUGUUCCCAGGUUAUAACAUGGCUGCUGGUUUCUGUGAAAUUGCGCUACAAAUGCAAAUGGGCAAAAGAUCUAAGAGC